AUGUAUGUUAUCAGUGUGCAGGGAAACUUGGGCUUGGUAAUUCUAAUUGGGCUGAAUUCCCACCUUCACACCCCCAUGUACUUUUUUCUCUUUAACUUGUCCUUCAUAGACCUCUGUUAUUCUUUUGUUUUUUCACCAAAAAUGCUGAUCAACUUCAUAUCAAAUAAGAAUUUUAUCUCCUUCCGGAUGUGCAUGACCCAGCUCUACUUCUGCUUUUUUGGUGUCUCUGAGUGCUAUGUGCUGACUUCAAUGGCCUAUGAUUGUUAUGUGGCCAUCUGUAAUCCAUUCUUGUAUAACAUGGCCAUGUCCCCUAAAGUGUUCUCCACACUUAUUUUUGGUUCUUACUUGAUGUUGUUUUCUACUGCUAUGGCCCAUACUGGAUGCAUGCCGAGACUGACCUUCUGUGAUACCAAUACCAUCAACCAUUAUGUCUGUGGCAUUCUCUCUUUGCUUCAGGUCUCCUGCACAGGCACCUAUGUCAGGGAGCUGGUGUUGUUCAUUGUGGGGGGAAUCAAUAUCACUGUGCACAGUCUCACCAUCUUUAUCUCCUAUGGUUUCAUUCUCUGCAGCAUCCUUCAUAUAAAUUCCACUAAGGUCAGGUCCAAAGCCUUCAGCACCUGCAGUCCCCACAUAAUGCCUGUUUCUCUCUUCUUUGGAUCAAGUGCAUUUGUGUAUCUCCAGCCAUCAUCUGCAGAGUCUAUGAAUGUGGAGAAAACCUAUUUUUUAUACCAAUGUAGUUCCCAUGGUGAACCCCUUAAUCUACAGCUUGAGGAACAAAGAUGUUAA